CCUUCCCGCCUCUUCUGGCAUUAGUUUGCUCCCAGCCCUCGACGCACGAAUAAGAUUUAAUUGCGAAAUUGGCAAAUUAUUUGUUAGCAAUCAAAAUGGUCCUGGCAACUUUAUCCGCGGGAGUUAUUGCUCGCAUUAUGCAUGGGGAGGUUGUCGAUAAGCCGGUGCUCCAGAUCCUGGCGAUCAAGAAGAUCAACAGCACUGCGGACGCGGAGCGCUAUCGCAUCCUCAUCUCCGACGGCAAGUACUUUAACAGCUAUGCGAUGCUGGCCAGCCAGCUGAACGUAAUGCAGCACAAUGGAGAGCUGGACGAGUUCACCAUCGUGCAGCUGGACAAGUAUGUGACCUCCAUGGUGGGCAAGGACGGUGCUGGCAAGCGCGUCCUUAUCAUAUCCGAAUUGACUGUUCUUAAUCCCGGUGCCGAGGUGAAAGCCAAAAUUGGCGAACCCGUAACAUACGAGAAUGCCGCCAAGCAGGACUUGGCGCCCAAGGCAGCAAAUCCUGCCUCUCAGCCCCUUGCCAAAAAGGAACCAGUCCGGAACAACAACAAUAAUAAUAAUGUAACAAUGAAUUCGUCGAUUAAUAGUGGAAUGACCCAUCCGAUUUCCAGCCUGAGUCCCUACCAAAACAAGUGGGUGAUUAAGGCGCGCGUGACCUCCAAGUCCAGUAUUCGCACUUGGAACAAUGCCCGCGGCGAAGGCAAGCUCUUUAGCAUGGAUCUGAUGGACGAAUCAGGCGAAAUCCGUGCCACGGCUUUUAAGGAGCAGUGCGAUAAGUUCUUCGACCUCAUCCAAGUAGACAGUGUCUAUUAUAUCUCCAAGUGCCAGUUAAAACCGGCCAACAAACAAUACUCUACGCUAAACAAUGCCUACGAGAUGACCUUUUCCGGCGAAACUGUUGUCCAGUUGUGCGAGGAUGCUGACGACGAUCCCAUUCCGGAAAUUAAGUAUAAUCUUAUUCCUAUUUCCGAGGUGUCCGGGAUGGAGAACAAGGCAGCGGUGGAUACUAUUGGCAUUUGCAAGGAGGUUGGCGAGCUGCAGUCAUUCGUGGCUCGCACUACAAACAAGGAGUUUACGAAGCGGGACAUCACUCUGGUUGACAUGAGUAACUCGGCCAUUAGUCUGACAUUGUGGGGCGAUGAAGCCGUCAACUUUGACGGCCAUGUGCAACCUGUGAUCCUGGUCAAGGGAACGCGUAUCAACGAGUUCAAUGGCGGCAAGUCCCUCAGCCUCGGCGGUGGUUCCAUUAUGAAGAUCAACCCAGACAUCCCCGAAGCCCACAAGCUGCGCGGCUGGUUCGAUAACGGAGGUGGUGACAAUGUCGCCAACAUGGUCUCGGCCCGAACGGGGGGAGGCAACUUCUCCACCGACUGGAUGACUCUGAAGGAUGCGCGUGCUCGCAACCUUGGCAGUGGCGAUAAGCCGGAUUACUUCCAGUGCAAGGCGGUGGUGCACAUCGUCAAGCAGGAGAAUUCUUUCUACCGCGCCUGCCCUCAGAGUGACUGCAACAAAAAGGUUGUUGACGAGGGCAACGAUCAGUACCGCUGCGAGAAAUGCAACGCUCUUUAUCCUAACUUCAAAUACCGCCUGCUUAUUAACAUGAGCAUCGGCGACUGGACUUCAAACCGCUGGGUCAGUAGCUUUAACGAGGUUGGCGAGCAGCUUCUCGGACACACUUCGCAGGAAGUUGGCGAGGCCCUUGAGAACGAUCCAGCCAAGGCCGAGCAGAUUUUCUCAGCCCUCAACUUCACUUCGCACAUCUUCAAGCUGCGCUGCAAGAACGAGGUUUUCGGCGACAUGACCCGCAACAAGCUCACUGUGCAGUCUGUGGCCCCCAUCAAUCACAAGGAAUACAACAAACACUUGCUUAAGGAGCUCCAGGAGCUUACCGGGAUUGGCUCCUCAAACUAAUUUCCAUGCGCAGCGCACUUAUACCAUAAACUAAAAAGAUAAGCUAUCCAUAUAUUCAUUUAAUUAACUAAGUUAUUUCAAAAUAUUGUGAAUUUGGUCUCGAUCAGCUACAUUUUCGUUCUACUUCGAUUUAUACAAGCUCUUUAAGGCAGAUUUGUAUUGGUUGAAUAGCAAAAAUUAGAACAUGAUAUUACCGACCACCCUUUUAUUAAAAUAAAUGUCUAAGUAUCCAAGGAA